CGAGGGAAUCUUGGGAUUUUCAGUCAGGCUUCUUCUUGUUCUGGCUCUACAAGCUGUGCCUACCCCAAUACUGGCUAUAUGUUGUUCCAGUGAUUCUUAUCAGGAUGGCCAAUUUAAUGAGUUUGUGGUGGCAAAAGGAAACUGAGAAAAAACAACUAAUAUAUUGUUUAAACAUAGUUGUGGACUGUGGACCUCACGUGCAGCUGGGCACUGUGGCUGAGGAAACCAUUCUGGCAUCUCCAAUCAGUUUUUAAACAGCAGAGAAUCUAACAGCUUUGAAGAUUUCUGCAGCCUCACACUCCGCAGUAACCAUGUUAAAGAGAUGAGUCUGACCAGUGCACCCAAUGGGUCCCACACAGCUUGCUGCACAGGAUCAUGGGAAAAGGGUGGCAAGUGUAUUUGAGAUGGAGGAGGAAGGGUUUUCACUCUUCCAUGGCUCGGAGAUCCCCUCCGAGUAUACAGAAAAUCCACCUCUGAAGCGGAAGAAGGGUCCAGCCCCCAAGAUGCUGGGAAAUGAAGUGUGCAGUGUAUGUGGGGACAAGGCCUCAGGCUUCCACUACAACGUGCUGAGCUGCGAGGGCUGUAAGGGCUUCUUCCGCCGCAGCGUCAUCAAGGGUGCUCAAUAUGUCUGCAAGAAUGGUGGCAAGUGUGAGAUGGACAUGUACAUGCGCCGCAAAUGCCAGGAGUGCCGGCUGCGCAAGUGUCAGGAGGCAGGCAUGCGGGAGCAGUGUGUUUUGUCUGAAGAGCAGAUCCGGCUUAAGAAACUCAAGAAACAGGAGGAUGAUCAGGCUCGGACAGUAGUUGUGCGCCCGAACCCCCCAUCUCCACCCAACACCCCCCAUAAACUGACACCUGAGCAAUUGGGCAUGAUAGAAAAGCUUGUGGCAGCUCAGCAGCAGUGUAACCAGCGCUCAUUCACAGACAGGCUCAAAGUGACGCCAUGGCCUCAAGCUCCAGACCCUCAUAACCGUGAAGCACGGCAGCAGCGUUUUGCUCAUUUCACUGAGCUUGCAAUCAUCUCUGUGCAAGAGAUUGUGGACUUUGCCAAGCAGCUGCCCGGCUUUCUGGAGCUCACUAGGGAAGAUCAGAUUGCUCUCCUGAAGACAUCUACCAUAGAAGUGAUGCUGUUGGAGACCUCCCGGCGCUACAAUCCAGAGACUGAAAGCAUCACGUUUCUGAAGGACCUGAGCUAUAAUCGGGAUGACUUUGCCAAAGCAGGCCUGCAGUUCGAGUUCAUUAAUCCUAUUUUUGAGUUUUCAAAGGGAAUGAAUGAACUACAGCUCAACGAUGCUGAAUAUGCACUUUUAAUCGCCAUCAACAUUUUCUCUGCAGACCGACCUAAUGUGCAGGAUCAGCCCUUGGUAGAGAGACUUCAGCACACCUAUGUGGAGGCUCUUCAUUCUUACAUUUGCAUCCACAGACCAAAUGACCAUCUGAUGUUCCCUCGGAUGUUAAUGAAAUUGGUCAGUCUUCGGACUCUAAGCAGUGUCCACUCCGAACAGGUGUUUGCCCUUCGACUACAGGACAAGAAGCUCCCUCCGCUGCUCUCAGAAAUCUGGGACGUGCAUGAGUGAUUGUGUAUUCCCAAGGCACUGACCUGUUGAAGUAACAUCAUUACCUAUCCCUUGCAAACCAGAAGCCAGCCUCCCCUCUCCAAAGCACUGAACUGUGGGCUGGGCAGUGCAGAGUGAUGAGUCUGUGGUUUCUCUGAUGUGAUGAGAAUGCAUAAGGCAGCUGGGAGAGAUCAGAUGGUUUUGCAAUCUUUGAUUUAUUUUCCCUUCCUUCCCCCUUCUCCCAAAAUGGGAUCACAUCUGAAAAUAAUAGAGAUGAAGAUCCUAUGCCAUGUUUCCUCAAAGUUUCUUUAUUUUUUCUAAGUACAUGUUCUAGGGCCAUGGUCCCCAACACGGUGCCCGCGGGCGCCAUGGCGCCCGUGGGGGCAUUUGCAUGCGCCCACCAGGUGCUCAGGGCUGGCCUGGCCCCGGGCACAUGGCACGCUGCGCUUGACGGGGGGAGUGCCGGUGUAUAGUCAAAAAGUGAAACUUCUCAGUUUUUGUGCUGCACCGGCCCCGGGCGCGCGGU